GCUUCACCUUACUUGCAUGUCACCACGUGCGAUCUGAAAAUUAUAUUGUCUUCAUCUUACUAUGUCGCACGAGUUAUGAUCGGUCGGGCCUAAUUACGUUGUCAGUUAGGCAGUUCGAUAAAACUAACAUUUUGACGUCAUGUAGAGAGACAGACAUAGAUAUAUAUGUCUCCUGAGUCAUCUUACAACAUUAGUAUAUCCUAGACAUAAACAUACAAUACCAACAUGAUAAUAUCAUCAAUUCUUGCUUUAUUAUCGCUCAGCGCGGCUACGCUGGCAAGUACAUGUAGUCAGCAUCAUAGGUCAACUAUCAAUUACACGACCAUCAGUGGAUUUUUCCUACAAGAUGAGCCAACUACAGAUCCCUCAACAUUUGAUUAUACUACCGUGAAUUAUGGUCUCCUCGACAGAUCAUACAUAACCGACAAAGAGUUCGAUCCGAACAGCAAGAAGACUCAAUGGCAGCGCUUCGAGCACUAUGUUGACACACUAAACCGCAAAGCUGAGAAGAACACGCAGUAUAAAGUCUUGUUCAUGGCCCGACACGGCGAGGGCUACCACAAUGCCGCCGAAAGCUACUACGGAACCCCCGCUUGGAACUGUUACUGGGGGCCUCUAGACGGCAACGGCACAAUAAUCUGGAAAGACGCCCGCCUGACACCCACGGGUCUAGCCCAAUGCACCAAGGCCAACAACUUCUGGCGCCAGGCCCUCAUCAUUUCCAAGAUCCCGGCGCCCCAGAUAUACUACAGCAGUCCCCUGACGCGUUCCGUGACGACAGCGAACCUAACCUUCGCAGACCUCGGGCUACCUUCUUCGCGCCCCUUCGCGCCCAUAGUAAAAGAGUUUCUGCGCGAGGGUAUCUCGAUCCGCUCGUGCGACGAGCGCUCGAGCAAAUCGGCGAUCACGGCGCUGCUCCCCGAAUACAGGUUUGAAGACGGGUUCACAGAAGACGAUAUGCUGUGGCGCGGGCACGACGGCGAAGGCGAGACGGGGGAUGCGCAGGAAAUUCGUGCGAAAGCAGCCCUUGACGAUAUAUUUGCGCGCGACGAGAGCACGUGGAUCAGCAUCACGACACAUUCUGGCCAGAUCCGCACUGCGCUGAAGGUGCUUGGACACCGCGAGUUCGGACUCUCGACGGGCCAGGCUAUUCCGGUGCUGGUCAAGGCGAGAAAGGUCGCUGCUCCGCCUGCGACGACGAUUGAGUCGUUCACGGCUGAGAGUACGUGUACGGCGCCGCCUGCUACGAGUGUUGCCGGCCAGGGGUGUGUUUGCUCAAGGGCUGCCGAGGCUACACCAACGCCUGCCUAGAUGAAUAAAUUGCUAGCAUUCUGCGCAUUUGCUGUUUUGUAGCGAGGUUUAGACUAUGAUUGGGCGAAUUGUCUAGACCCGUUACUCUACGAUCGAUGAAUUAUUCUUCAAGAACAAACUUUAAUACCUUCCUCACCCUCCGGCCUUUCCACGGCCCUAUGUCUUGCUUUUUCUGAAUUGAAAGUUAGGGCUUAAUUCUGAUAUCGCGAUAUUGUGAUAUCUAGUGAGAGGACUAUAUGCUGGGCUACACGACACAUACACGUGACUUGUCGGGGACGUGGAAAAAUGUCGUUAAUCACCCUGCCUCUUGAACCUUUCAUUCGAACAAGAUUAAGUUUCACAAGCCUUCCCUUCUUGGGCAUACUAGGAGACAGCUAAGAUGAUUAGGCGUCAUAUGUGAUUGUGUGCAUUUCCAGGAUAUAGUAAGAAGUAAGCACUGCUGUCUAGCAACCUUCACCGAUAUACACGGUUAAGCAACGAUCGUGGAAAGAUUCUGUGCUGGAACAGCCUGUUCAUAUGGUCGUAAUACUCGUUGUCAAAUAAUUGCACUUAUAUUGUAGGAUAGCUGAAC